AUGGCUGAAAAUUUGGAAAAUGCUAUGGUCAAUCAGACACCUAGCAAACAGCUUCAACUUCGUUCCUGUCACUCACCAGUUUCAAUAUCUGGCAUCGGAGAGGCGAGUAUCAUCGCCGAUAGGUGUGUUGACAUCUUUGCUCAAGCGCAAGAUGGCAGCUUCUCAACAUCGUUUGCAGCACUAAUCACACGAAGCAUAACCGACUAUCAGCCGAACUUUGAUAUCAACGUUGACGGCUGGAAUAUACCCAAUAACAUUAAACUGGCUGAUCCCACAUUUUUCAAAGCAAGUCGCAUUGACCUUUUGAUUGGAGCUGAACUUUUCUAUGACCUAAUUUGCGUUGGGCAAGUUAGGAUAGCUGACCAUCUUCCUACGCUACAAAAAACUAAGUUAGGCUGGGUGGUUUCAGAAGGGGUAUCGCACUUCAAUAGUCGCUCCACAGCUCUUUCGUCCUUCAGAAAUCCAAAGCCACUAGGAGAUAGUAAUGACAUACUGGCAAGCAUUGUCACGCGCUUUUGGGAGGUCGACAAUAGAUUCGCCGCAACCCCUAACCCAACCUUGUCAGAUGAAGAUGUUUUCUGCGAGAAGCAUUUCGUACAAAAUCACGUUCGUCUGCCAUCAGGAGCGUAUUCAGUAAGGCUACCUCCUAAAUCUAAUUUCGAUAUUCUCGGUGACUCGUACGACCUUGCUUUACGGAGAUUCAAGGCUCUAGAAAGAAAGCUUCAAAGAGAUCAACCCACAAAGCGUUUAUACUCAGACUUCAUGCAGGAAUACAUGGAUCUUGGUCACAUGUCAAUGGCAUCAUUACUAGCAGGCGCUCCGGUUUACUACCUACCCCACUAUUGUGUUCGAAAAGAAGAUAGUACUACUACAAAAUUGCGUGUAGUAUUCGACGGAUCUGCUAAAACCACUUCUGGGCACUCUUUAAACGAUUUGUUGCUGUCAGGACCAACUAUACAACCGAAACUUUUUAGCACAUUACUUCGUUUCAGAUUUUUCAAGGUUGCGCUUUGUGGUGAUAUAUGCAAAACGUAUCGCUGUGUUAAAAUGGCUAACCCUGAUAACCAGUUGCAAUGCAUACUUUGGCGUGAUGAUCCAUCAGAGGAAAUAAGAAUGUAUAAGCUCGACACUGUGACAUAUGGUACAAGGCCAGCUGCGUUUUUAGCCAUUCGGGCUAUGCACCAACUUACGUUUGACGAAGAAGAAGCAUUCCCCAUCGGGGCAAAAAUCAUUCGAAGCGACUUUUACGUAGACGACUUAAUUUCUGGUGGUGAUACGAUUGAAGAAGUCAUGCAAAUGAAGCAGCAGGUGAAGCAGCUACUUCGACGAGGAGAUUUUCCUAUUCGGAAAUGGUGUUCGAAUGAAGCUGUCGUUCUUAAAGAUGAAGAUGAGCAAGACUGCGAACAAUUCUUGAAGUUUCAUGAUGGUACCGAUGUUACAAAGGCGCUCGGCCUUGUGUGGGACCCCAUAUCAGACCAAUUUCUGUUUAGCUUCACGCCAAUUUCAAAUUCGGGAAAAAUCACAAAACGUUCGAUUCUCUCGGUAAUAGCGCGGUUCUAUGAUCCACUUGGGUUAAUUUCGCCUGUAAUUACAAGUUUGAAGGUAUUUAUGCAAGCCUUAUGGAAAGAAAAGUUGGAUUGGGACGAAAGUUUGCCGCAGUCCCUGCAUUGUACAUGGUUGGAUUUGUGCAGUCAACUAUCCAUCGUUAGCAGCCUUCGCUUCCCACGCUUCGUACUCGCUAUGCAG